AUGCCAAGCCUCAAAACGUCCCUGUACAGGGCAGCGGCCCUGGCCGUCCUGGCCUGCCGAGCCAGUGCCACAAACCAAGAGCAGAAGCCGCUGACAUUCCCCGACGACGCUGUCACAAAAGGGAUGCUGGGUACAGCUGCCGCACUCGACGACCAAAUCCCGGACCCGCAGCCGCCACCGGGAGGAAACUGGCUGGGCUGGGGCGCCGGCGUCUACAACAACCGCUGGGCGGCGAGCGACGCCGUCGUCGACGCCUCCAACGUCGCCAACCUGACCAAAGUCUGCUCCGUGCAGUACACGACCGCCGGCCAGAGCGCGCCGCCCCUCGUCACGGGGGGCGUGGCCUACUACCCGACCUGGUCCGGCCUGAUCGAGGCGCUGGACUACAGGAGCUGCCAAAGGGUGUGGACCAUCAACGUGACGCGCGUCCUCGACCAGUACCGGCCGGGCCCGGUGCAGAACGGCAGGGCCAAGGUGUCGCGGACCACACCGGCGCUGGGCGACGACGGCGAGACGCUCUACUUUGGCACGGUCGCGCACGCCCUCGUGCUCGCCGUCGACCGCAGGUCGGGCACGGUCGUCGACAGCCUGCAGCUCGACGCCAACCCGUUCGCCAUCGUGACGCAGUCGCCCACCUUUUACGACGGGAGGCUGUACGCCGGCGUGUCGAGCAGCGAGUCGGCCGCCUUCCCGGGCCACCCGUGCUGCUCGUUCGUCGGAUCGCUGCACGCCGUCGCUCUCCGCCGUGGCCGGCUCCGGCCGCUGUGGAGCGUGCAGACCAUAGACCAGACCUCGGUCGCCAGCCAAAACUUCAGCGGCGCCGCCGUCUGGGGCAGCCAGCCGUCCAUCGACCCCAUCCGCCGCCAGGUCUUCAUCGGCACCGGCCAGCUGUACUCCCUCCCUCCGGCGUUCGAGGAGUGCCAGCGCCAGACGGCCAACAUCACCGUGGUCAAACAGGGGCUGACGGGCCACGACCCUUGCCUCCCGCGCGCGGCGUACCAAAACUCCAUCCUGGCGCUGGACCUGGACACGGGCCGCGUCAACUGGGCCCGGCAGCUGGGGCCGCUCGACGCCUGGAACGCCGGCUGCAUCGACUUCCCGGGCGUGCCGCCCAACCCGGGCGCGUGUCCGGACCUGCCCGGCCAGGACGCCGACUUUGGCAUGGCGCCGACCUUUGUGCUGGGAAGCGCCGCGACGCCCUUUGGCGUGGACGUGGUGGUGGCGGGCCAGAAGAACGGGAUGCUGUGGGCGCUGUGCGCGGCGUCGGGGACGACGGCCUGGGCCACGCAGACGGGGCCCGACGGGCUGGAGGGCGGGCUGACGUGGGGCGUGGCGGUGGACGAGCGCGCCAUCUACUUCACCAACACCAACUCGCAGCACCGCCCGUUCCCGAUCCCCGGCGGCGACGUCGUGUCCAACAGCGCCUUUGGCGCCGCGAGCCUGGCCGACGGCCGCAUCCUGUGGCUGACGCCCGCGCCCCACAACCACGACAGCUACGUGGCCCCGGCCGUGGUCAACGACGUGGUGCUGGUCGGCACGUCUGGCGCCAGGGGCGACUGGAUCGAGCCCGUCGGGCCGGGGUACCUAACGCCGCUGGACAAGAAGACGGGCAAGGUGCUGAGGCAGAUCAAGCUGGAUGCGGUGCUGAGAGGGGGUCCGGUCGCCGUCCAGGAUUACGUCUUUUUCGGUACCGGUUACGGUGGCAUCCACACCCCCGAGCCGGGCUCUUUCAGCGUCUGGAAGAUCAACGGUGAAGGGGCGAGGACGGCGGAGGAGGAGCAGGUGAAGGGUGGCAUGGGAGACUUGUGA